AAAUGUUCGACGGAGACUUGUGCCGAUACUUGGCAAGUCAGGUUUCACUCGUUGACAUCCUCUUUUUUAAGUCUCCCGACUCUGCAUUUUCUGCGCCUCCAUUCUUGCCCAUAGUCUGGCGUGAAACGCGCAGGAAGAUGAAGGAGGGAGUGGUUCUGUUCCCGACGACCGGCGCCGGUCAUCUGGUCGCCAUGAUCGAACUCGCCAAGCGAUUUCGCCAUCACAGCCACACCCUCUCCAUCACCGUCUUCUUGAUCCAAGACCCCUUCUCCUCCUCCCCUGCCACCGCUGCUCCCACAUCUCUUCAUGUCAAAUCUGUUGCAUCUUCAGACCUCAACAUCAACUUCAUCGAUCUUUCUGCAGUGGAGCCACCGGAGGGCGCGGAGGGGCUAGCCCGCUUGCUCAUAUACAUCGACAAGCUCAAGCCCCUUGUCUCGGAGGCCCUGUCGUCGCUCUCCUCCACCACCACCAUUUCCGCUUUCGUUCUCGACAUGUUCUGCGUCACCAUGACGGAUGUCGCGGCCGAGCUCCGCAUCCCAGCCUAUGUCUUCUUUACUGGAGCCGCAGCUGCCGUCGGUGGCGUGCUCUACAGGCCCACCCUCGACCGGAUGUACCAACAAGACUUGAAGGACUUGAAGGAGCCGAUCGAGAUCCCCGGUUGGCCGCUGUUGCCACCUUCGGCACUGCCUCAACCCAUUCAGAGCAAGAAGUACCCAACCUACAAAUUGCUUUUGGAAGCGGCACGGCGCUACCCUCAACUCGAAGGAAUCCUGGUUAACACCUUUUCUGAGUUGGAACCACAAGCCAUGGAGGCGUUGGCGAAAGGGCUCUGCGUGCCGGACGGCCGGACGCCUCCUGUUCACACUGUCGGUCCCUUGCUUGGGCUCGCCGCGGCGCCGGAGAAGUCGGACCACGAGUGCAUCAAGUGGCUCGACCAACAGCCCACUUCGUCGGUCGUCUUCCUCUGCUUCGGUAGCCUGGGUUCGUUCACGAAGGAGCAGAUCGGGGAGAUGGCACGCGGAGUCGAGCUUUCCGGGCAUCGCUUCCUAUGGUCGGUGCGGGAACAGCCUGGCGAAGUGCGGGGAGGCUUCCCUCGACCCAUCGACGCCGACAUGGACAAGGUGUUGCCGGCAGGGUUCGUGGAGCGGACCUCUGAGCGCGGCCUGGUUUGGCCGACGUGGGUGCCGCAGGUCGCCAUUCUCUCGCACCCUGCAGUUGGUGGGUUCGUGUCGCACUGCGGCUGGAACUCGACCCUAGAGAGCGUCUGGUUCGGAGUGCCCCUGAUCGCAUGGCCCCUGUAUGCUGAGCAGAGGAUGAACGCCAUCCUGUUGGUACAGAGUUCCGGGCUCGCCGUCGAACUGAGAGAGCCAGGUGAGUACGAAUCGGUGGUGAAGGCGGAGCUGUUGGAGAGGGCCAUCAAAAGAUUGAUGGAUGAUGAAGAGGGAAGAAGAGUGAGGGAGAAGAUGAAGAGAAUGAAAGCGUUGGCGAGAAACGCAACUGAAGAAGGAGGUUCAUCUUAUUUAACAUUAGCAUCAUUGGUGGAGAAAUGGACCAACAUUCGCUAGGUAAGUACAUCCGCAUCCGCUUGCUCAAAACUUAGUUUUUCUGGGGGCAGAAAAAAUAAAUAUGAUUACCAUCGUGCCAAUCUCCUUCAAAGAUGAUCGAGUCCUAUUCUUAUUUUGUUGUUUAAUGAUGUGUGUUUGUAAUACUCUCCCUAUUUGUGCUCCUUCUUUUUAAAAAUGAAAAAAAAAAACAUUGUUCAACAUGUGA